AUGUCCCCUUGCCAUCACAGCAAGCUUGCGUCAUUAUUGACUCUCGUAUUGCUUGUUGCAGUUCUACACUUGACUCGAGUGGCCUCUCAACCUGUCAUUCCCACAGAACCUACCGAAGUUGACACUGCAAAACCUGAUACACUUCCUCCAUUUAUCAGACCGUACGCUGCACAAUUGAAUCAACUCUUCACCUCCUACUGUUCAAAAGCAUCAAACCAAUAUUUGUACAAUGUCAAGAAUUUAUAUUUGAGUUGUUUUGAUUACAGUGAUGACAUGAAUACUGUCAUGUAUACCGUGAAUUCCUUAUCGAGUGUGAAUUUAAACAAACCCAAUGAUGAUCGACCUGCUGUCACAGAUUGGUACACAUUCAACGGCAUCAAGAAGACCAUUCCAGGAACAUCCUUCAAACCCUAUGGAUUAUUUUCGUAUGAUCGUGGUCACUUGGUUGCGAAUAAUGAUUUUCGAAGUGCUGAAGAUAAAAAGUAUACAUUUAUUGUGAUUAACAAGGCUGCUCAGAAUUCGAAUGUGAAUCGAGGAAUUUGGAGACAUGUUGAACAUUCUUUAAGAAAUGCAAUUAUGGAUGUUGCUGCUGCCAAGAAGAAGACCAUCGAGGCCAUUGUAGUGACUCGACCACUCUAUGACAAGACCAACAAUGCUUUAUCGACAACCAACAAGGAUGUCGUCUCUCCUCCCAACGUUCAAAUUCCCAUGUCUUUUAACAAAUUUGUCAUGGUCAUCUAUGAUGGAGGUAUUAAGGAAGUGUUUUGUUUACAAGUCACCAAUCGAGACAAUGUCGAUUAUAAAACAGACAAACAACGAUUAGAAAUUGCUUCCUCUGUGACCAAGGACUAUGCCAAUUGUGCUGCUGGCUUGAAAGAUGGAAUCAGUUUGGGUUCUGGACCAUUUGCAACAGGAGAUGUCUAUAAUCAAGUUGUGGAGCAAAUGAAGAAAUUCACAAGUGGAUGGGUGAAUCCAUGUGGUUUUGGAAAGGUUGAUCCAGUGGAGUUUAUUUUGGAAAAGAAUAGUCUUACAACUUCUGAGUGGAGAUUGAACAUUAUGAAUUUCAAGCCAUGCUCGAAUUCUGCCAAAUGUCAUCCACGUGUCAAGUCCAUGACUUACAAACAAAACAAUCAUGCAUCACUCAAAGGUAAAGAGAUGCAGCAUACAGAUGAUGCUAUUCGUAACAAAAUCAUUUCCAUUUUGGAUAACAAAGUCACUGCUGGAGAUGUGUUGAGAAUGUUUCGAGAGACAGACGACUCGUCAUUUGUGUCACGUUUAAAUCCAUCUUCGAGAUAUCAAGGAACCAUUCAAUACUUUUGUGAAUAUCGAAAGAAUGCUCAAUUCGUUCCACCCAAAUAUGUCUACAGCAAAACAGUUCAGGGUAAAAAAGAUCCUGAACGACAAGUGACGUUUGUUGGUGUUAAGAAAGCAAGACCAGUCUAUUCCAAUGUCAAUAAGGGUAAGAAAUCAAAACAACAACAACAACAAGAACCUGACCCAUCUCCUACUCCAUCAACACCACCUUCCUCACCAGGACCUAAAAAUGCUGUGGCAUCUCCACCAUCCCCAGCAAAGAACAAUUCCCCAGCAAAGAACAUCCUCCCAGCCACGAAGGUUGGAGGAAUGAGAGUGACAUCUCCAAGGAAGGGCAAAAAAGUGUAA